AUGAGUAAACGUCAACGAGAAGAUGACCUCAAUAACCCCGUGAACCCCACCACUGAAAAUAGCAAUAUAAAAUGUCCCCUGUGUACCGAUGUGUACUUCCUGACUUAUGUGGCAUAUGAGGCCCAUGUUUUAUCCAUCCAUACUCAUGUCUGUAACCAAUGUCAUCGGAGUUUUCCAACUGAAACCAUACUAGAUAUACAUGUUGACGAGGUACAUAGCUCUUACUUCGCCGCCAAAAAGGAUCGUGGCGAUAAGGUUUACCGAUGCUUUGAGCCCUCAUGCACAAAAAGGUCAUCUAACCAUACGAAACGAACAUUACACAUGAUUGAUAAGCAUCACUAUCCGAGAAACUACAGGUUCAAUGUGGUACAUCGGGGCUUAACGGACUCUAUUUCUCUAUUAGAAUGA